AUGCUGCCCCGGGCCGCCUUCCCGCCCCGGGCCGCGUCGCCGACCUCGCCGCCCCGCGCCGCCGCACCGGGCCGCACCGGCCGCCCCGGGCCGCGUCGCCGACCUGGCCGCCCCGGCCCGCCUCGCCGCCCCGGCCACCCCGUCCCGUCCGCGCCGCCCCGUCCGCACCGUCCCGUCCGCGCCGCCUCGCCGCCCCGCCCCGUCCGCACCGGCCCGGGCCUCCUCACCGCCCCGACCGCCCCGCCCGGUCGCGCCGGCCCCACCCCGGCCACCCCGCCUGCCCGCCCCGUCGCGCCGCCCCGGACGCUCCGCCCCGCCUCGCCGCCCGACCGCUCCAAGGGUCUAGUGUUCGACGAGCUCCGCCCUGCGUUCGUGGGUUAG